AUGGGCCAACAGAAUCUAACAGUGUUCACUGAAUUAAUUCUAAUAGGAGUCACAAGACACCCUGAGCUGCAGCUCCCCCUUUUGGGGGUCUUUCUUAUUAUCUACAUGAUAACACUGGUGGGAAACCUGGGGAUGAUCAUCUUGACCAAGGUGGACUUCCAACUACACACGCCUAUGUAUUUUUUCAUCAGACACCUAGCCUUCAUUGAUCUUGGUAAUUCUACUGUCAUUUGCCCCAAGGUGCUGGAAAAUUUUACUGUGGAUCAAAGUACCAUUUCCUAUUAUGUAUGUGCCACACAGAUGGCUUUCUUCAUUUUGUUCUUUGUCAGUGAACUUUUUAUGCUGUCACCCAUGGCCUAUGACCGCUACGUGGCCAUCUGUAACCCUCUGCUCUAUAAUGUUAUCAUGUCCCCAAGACGUUGUCAUGUGCUCAUGGAUAUUCCAUACCUCUAUAGUACUUUUCAGUCUCUGAUGUUCACCAUUAAGAUUUUCAUAUUGACCUUCUGUGGCUCUAAUGUCAUCAGUCAUUUCUACUGUGAUGAUGUCCCCUUGAUACCUAUGCUCUGCACAAAUGCACAAGAGGUACAGUUGUUGGUCAUAAUGUUUUCAGCAUUUAAUUUGAUAUCCUCCCUCCUGGUUGCCUGCUGUCCUACCUGCUGA